UGGAAGAUGAGAUUAGUCCUUAUGACAGCUCAUCGUGGACGGGGUCCUUCCUCAAGAAUUUUGAGGUCAGUCUUGGAUAACAGGAAAUCAAAUAUCAACAGAAAUGAAGCAACUGAGCCUGCAAGGGUUCUUCUGGAGAGGUUGUUUGCCCAGACCCAGAAACUAGAACAACAGAUAGGCAGAAAUCCUUAUCUUCCGCAGGUCGCUGAGCUCGGACUAAAUAUUGGCAAGCUAGAGUCUGAUAUACAGGAUGCUCUUGCAGCCUUGAAGAAGGAAGAAGAUAUUCAAGAUACAGAGAGAAAAGUAUCGAUGGAGUACAAUGAAUUAAACCAUGCAAAGUUAGAAUUGGAGCAACGUGCAGAAGAGAUUGCAUCUGCUAGUUCUAGGCAGGAAAAACUGGAAAAUGAGAAUCUGACCUUAGCAUCUCAAGCUGAGGAAAUUGAAGAUCUUAAGUUUCAUCUCAACGUGAUGGAUCAGGAGAUAUCUGCUGCACAGACAGCCCUAUAUUCAAAAACAGAUGAAAUAAAUAAACUGAAAAACGAGUUGAAAAUUAAAAGCGAUGAAGCGGCUAACACUGAAUCAGAGCUCAGAACCACGGCUGAGCUACUUGAUAAAGCAAAUGAACUAGUUCAAAGACAGGAGGUUGAACUACAAAAUCUCCGAAUAGAAAUCCAAGAGAAAGAGAAAGAGCUAGAAGUCUUCUCAACAAUGCAGCAAACUGAUGAGGAGAAACUUAAAGUUUCCAAAUCCAAUUUGGCGAAGCAUGCAAUGGAUUGGCUCGUAGCAAAGAAAGAAAUGAAGAAAUUGGAAGAGGAAACAUCUAAAUAUGGUGGAGAAGCAAGUCGGUCAGUUGAGGAAUUCAGAGGAGUGAAGAAGUUACUUGCCGAUGUAAGGUCUGAAUUAGUCUUAUCUCAGAGAGCUUUGGCAUCAUCUAGAGAGAAAAUGGAAGAGCAGGAAAAUCAGUUAGAAGAGUGUCUCCAAGAACUUGAAGAGCAAAGAAGAAGUGUUAUGUCUUACAUGACAAGUUUGAAAGAAGUUCAAAAUGAGGUCGAGACUGAGAAAGUGAAACUUACGGUUGCUGAAGCUCGAAACAAAGAACUUGAAAGGGAUUUAUCCAUCGAAAAGGAGCUCGUUGACAAGUUGCAGAAUGAAUUGACUAUUAAGAAGCCUUCUCUGCAAGCAGCUAUGAUUGAAAAAUCUGCUCUCCAAGAGGAGCUUUACCGUAAGAGCACAGAGUUUGGAGAAACACAAAAUCUUCUUCAGGUUAAAGAGUCAGAGCUAGUAGAUGCUCGACUAAUGAUUCGGCACUUGAAGUCUGAGUGCUCUUCUCUUCAGCUGAUGUUGGAAGAAAAAGAUAAGGAACUUCUGGAUUCAAGAAAGACGUUAGAAGAACUAAAUCAGGAAAUAGAUGAGCUGAGGGUGCUCGUGAGCAGUCAAGAACUGCAACUUAUUCAGGCAACAAGUGUGUUGAAAGAAAAAGAGGAAUCCAUGCAGAUAAUUCAACUUGAGUUAAAUGACGCAAAAAUGAAAUAUUCAGAAGCUGAGACCGUUGUGGAACAUAUAGUAGACCUGACUAACAAAUUGGUUAUUGACAUGUUAAGCACACUCAGUCACGUUGAUGGAAUGUGGCCAUCUCAGCUGGUGGGAAAACCAACUGAUCCUUUUAGGUGGCAAAAGAACCAGCUUAAUGAACUUGAGUUGACCAGAGAAAGUUUGAGGAGUAGGGAAAGGGAUGUCCUUGCAGCACAAAGGGCGGUUAAACUCAAAGGGCAGGAACUCAAAAUGGUUCAUCAGAAAUUAAUUGCUAAGGAAGAAGAAAUAAAUAAAAUGAAGGAAAAGACUCGAGACAGAGAUGACCUGAAGCAACUUAAUGCUUUGGCCAAGGAAAGAACAGGUGAAAAGAGCAUUGGAGAUCCAGCAAUUGAAAAACUCCAGCUCAAGAAAACUCAAUUGGAAGUUAAUGCUGCAACCAGUGCUCUCCAGAAACUUGUUGAACUGAGCCGUGAUCUUUUGAAUAAAGGUAUCUUGACCAUCGAGUCUGACUACGAUAACAGCCUUUUGUUGGUUGCCCACUCAGAAGCUGCUGUAAAUGUCACUAGCAGUGUACAAUAUCUUGCGAAAGUGCAUACAGAGAUGGCACGACUUUCAGCUAUGACUGAGAAGCUGGUGAAAGAAGCUGGUAGUUUAUGCCCCCAAUAG